ACAUUGCGAGUUAUUGAAGAAAGUGUAUACCCCCAACAAGCGCCUCUGCAUUCUCCUCCAUUUUCCGUGCGAAAUUUCAUGUCCAUCCUGCCCUCCAAAGCUUUACGAUCCGCUUCCCUCUCUGAAAACAAGCCUAGCACAUCAUCUCCCAAUCAUGGACGCGGCCUUGGUGCCUUGCACGCACAAAUGGACCAAAACGAUGUCUUCCAAGCCUCUCAUCUCCCCCACGAGGUCGCGGGUUCGAAGCCGGAUCAAUUCGCCAAGGAACCUUCACGCGGCGCAACGGCUGGAGCAUCAGGACUUGUGAAUGUGGUUCCAGCAGAGUCACAGUAUGUAACCAGGCUUCCUGGAAUAAAUGCUAAGGAAUUUAACACAAGAAGUGUGAAUUCAAGAGGGAAAAAUGGCCUUGACCAUUCUUCAAGAAGUCAACAUUCACAUUCGGGAGCUUUAUACACAACACUUGGUAUGGCUGGGCCUUCUAACGGGAAUUUAUCAGAUACAGUGAGGCCAAGAAAUGCCGAGGAACUAAAUACAGGUACAAGUACUUUGCCGAUCACAAAUGUAGCCUCAAGGGGAAGAAAAGGUCAGAUGCUGAAUGCUAAUCACUUACUAAAUUUCCAUUACAAUCGGAUUCCACGUACUCCUCGUGUUCCAUUGAGAAAUCAACCUCCAAGGAGAUAUCACCGAAUCAAACCCUAUGACAAGGAUCUGUUUUUACAAGCAAACUUUAGGUUUCUGGUAUCUGAUAUGGGAGAUUAUGAGCUGAACUGCAGCAAUCCAGAUAAAAUGUUGCAGUGGGAAGACGUUGCUGCUGUAAAAUAUUCUGCUCCUGCUCCUGUAAGAUGUCCUAUUUGCUUGGAGAGUCCUCCUUUGUGUCCUCAAAUAACAACCUGUGGGCACAUUUUUUGUUUUCCCUGUAUUCUACGGUAUUUGAUGAUGGGAGAAGAGGAUCACAAAGGUGAACACUGGAAGAAGUGCCCUUUUUGUUCUGUCAUGAUCUCAUGCAAGGAUCUAUAUACUGUUUCAAUUAACAGUGUGAAACAGUAUACCACUGGAGAAAUUAUCGAGUUCACGCUUCUAUCUCGGGCCAAAAAUUCUGUUAUUCCUUUUGAGAAGGGACAAUAUUCUCUGGGAGCUCUGCCAUAUAGCAUAGAUGGAGAUUGUAAUGCCUUUUCCAAAUUUACUUUGACCUCUGAUGCAGAACUGUCUACAAAUAGGGCAGCAGAUGAGCUCACCUGUUGGAUUGAGAAAGUACAUUCUGAGGGGGGUGAAGAUGCAGAGUUGCUUCCUUAUGCCUAUGAGGCAGUGGAUCAACUUGAGCAAAGAAAAAAGGCAUGGAUUGAACAUCGUGCCUCUGAAUACCUCAGCAAUAGUCCCCCAGUAAAGCAGCAAUUUAUGACGCAAGCCAAAGCACAGUUAUGCAAACUCAAAGUUGACAGUUUUGAUUCAAGAGGUGAAGCUGAAUCAAUGGAAACAAAGUCUAGCAAUGGCAUUGUUUCCUCUGACUGCGAAUCAAGUAAGGAUCUCACAGGGAUAUCAGAGAGUAACUUGGGACAGAUGCUAUCACAGAAAGGCAUUGCACAGGAGGGUGAAAUAUUGGAAUCACCAGCUACUGAGGAACUCUUUCCUGAUACAUUAGAUUAUUGGGAGAAUCAGAGAUCUGAUAGUGGAUCAGAGAAACCCCAAAAUAUUAAGAAUUUGGAAGAUAAAGAUGCAUGCAAGCAUCAACAGGAAACUACUGAUUCUACAAAUGGAGAAUCUUAUUCUUUUUAUCAGGCAGCGGAUGGGCAACUUCUUGUUCUUCAUCCGUUGAAUAUGAAAUGUCUUCUUCACCAUUAUGGUAGCUAUGAGUCACUCCCACCUAGCAUCUGUGGAAAAAUACUAGAGAUGGAGACAGUGACUCAGACAGAAGGCAUCAGAAAGCGCUAUCGCUAUUUGAGCCAUUUUCCUUUAACAGCAACAUUUAAGCUCUGUGAAAUUGAUCUGAGUAAGAUUUUGCCUGCUAGUGCUUUUUCCCCCUUUUCUGAUGAGAUUGAGAAAAGGGAAACUGAACGUCGUCAUCGCCAAAAGCAGGAAGCUAGAGCUCGACACAGGGCUGCUGCAGCUGUAGCUGCAGCUCCACAAGGAAUGUCUGGUAUUCCAGAGUCCACAGUUUCCAUAUGUGAUGACAAACCACCAUCAAGUGCUGAUUUUGAAGCCCUAGGAGACCCAAAAGGCGUAUCGACUAGUCCUCCGGUAUUCGAUGAGCGAAGGUUGUUUUCACGAGUAGCAAGACUUGGAUUUGCUGCUGGAUGUGACCCUCCUGCUCUUAAAGAUGGUUUAUCUGGAGAGUUGCCUCGAGACUUGUCAGCAUCUGGUUCUAAUAGCAUUAACAUGGAAACGAUGGGGUUUUCUUCAGAAAGUGGUACCUGCAGUCCAUCACCAAUGUCUUUUGCACAUAUUAUAACAACAGCCCCAAAACCUAGUGGUGAUCCAUGCAGUCAGAUAUCUAAGAUGCAAAGUUCUGGCAAGAAGGGCAAAAGGGCUUCCAAGAUUCUUCUCUCGACAUCAGGUGGAAGGCGCUAUUGAUUAUAGAAAUUUUUGUGUGCACAUAAUACAUAUUUGUUAUGAAUCUGGAUUUUUGAUUUAGCUUUUAUUAUUUAAUCAGUAUUCCAUUAUACAGAUGUUUUUUACCUUUUUGUGGUAAUGAAGAAUUAGCUAGAGAAAAAACUUUAAAAUUCAUUGGAACUAUUACAAAUUGUAGAAAUUGCUAUUUGCCUAUUAAAUUCUUAUUGGCUAUAAUCUGCUAAUUCCAACGA